AGAUGCUAUCCCCACUGCGUCUAAAUUUCAUCGCUCUCCUAUCCCGCUUUCUACCUUCCGUCUUAGGCACCGCUUCUCUCUAAAACCCAUAAAACAAAAUACACAGUUCUUGAAACCUUACUAGGGUUUACCUCUCUUUCUUCCCCCAUUUCCACUCACCAAAAUUUCAAGAAAUACAACUGAAUCAAUCGUCUGGAAAGAUCUUGAUCCUGUUUGAGGAAAAAUGGCCUCGGUUGGACAGCCGCCCUCCUUCAAGAAACGGGAGUUAUCCGCGACGAGAGAGGAGGAUCAGCUUAUUGUAACUCCUCUUGGGGCUGGCAAUGAAGUGGGUCGAUCCUGCGUUUAUAUGUCUUACAAAGGCAAAGUUGUGUUGUUCGAUUGUGGAAUUCACCCUGCUUACUCUGGCAUGGCUGCUUUGCCGUACUUUGAUGAGAUUGACCCCUCAACAAUUGAUGUUCUGCUCAUUACUCACUUUCAUUUGGAUCAUGCCGCAUCACUCCCUUAUUUCUUGGAGAAGACUACAUUCAAAGGACGAGUCUUUAUGACUUAUGCUACUAAAGCGAUCUACAAGUUGUUGCUGUCGGACUUUGUGAAAGUGAGCAAAGUUUCGAUUGAAGAUAUGUUGUUUGACGAGCAGGACAUAAAUCGUUCCAUGGACAAAAUUGAGGUCAUUGAUUUCCAUCAAACAGUAGAAGUAAAUGGUAUUCGGUUUUGGUGUUACACUGCUGGUCAUGUGCUUGGUGCUGCCAUGUUUAUGGUGGAUAUUGCUGGCGUCCGAGUCCUCUACACUGGAGACUAUUCGCGUGAAGAAGAUCGACAUCUUCGAGCCGCCGAGAUGCCUCAAUUUUCUCCUGAUGUUUGCAUAAUUGAAUCUACAUACGGUGUCCAGCUCCAUCAACCUCGACAUAUUCGAGAGAAGCGCUUCACUGAUGUUGUACAUUCAACCAUUUCUCAAGGUGGUCGUGUGCUAAUUCCAGCUUUUGCCCUUGGACGUGCCCAGGAACUCCUCCUUAUUCUUGAUGAGUACUGGGCGAACCAUCCCGACCUCCAUAAUGUUCCCAUAUAUUAUGCUUCUCCUCUGGCAAAAAGAUGUUUGACUGUAUACGAGACGUACACGCUCUCCAUGAAUGAUAGGAUCCAAAAUGCCAAAUCAAACCCCUUUAGAUUCAAGUACAUAUCCCCACUAAAGAGCAUUGAAGUUUUCAAAGAUGUUGGCCCAUCAGUGGUGAUGGCCAGCCCUGGUGGACUUCAGAGCGGUUUAUCACGACAACUCUUUGACUUGUGGUGUUCGGAUAAGAAAAAUUCAUGUGUGCUUCCUGGUUAUGUUGUUGAAGGGACACUGGCUAAGACUAUCAUCAAUGAACCAAAGGAAGUCACCCUCAUGAGUGGACUCACAGCUCCUCUUAACAUGCAGGUUCAUUACAUUUCGUUCUCUGCUCAUGCUGACUUUGCGCAGACCAGCGCGUUCUUGGAAGAGCUCAUGCCGCCCAACAUAAUUCUCGUGCACGGAGAAGCUAAUGAGAUGGGGAGGCUCAAACAGAAGCUUAUAUCCCAGUUUUCUGAUCGGAAUACAAAGAUUCUUACUCCAAAGAAUUGUCAGUCUGUUGAAAUGUACUUCAACUCUCAGAAGAUGGCAAAAACUAUUGGAAAAUUGGCUGAGAAAACCCCAGAAGUGGGCGAAACUGUCAGCGGUUUACUGGUGAAGAAAGGAUUUGCACAUCAAAUAAUGGCACCAGAUGAUCUACACAUCUUCUCUCAGCUAUCAACUGCCAACAUCAACCAGCGUAUUACAAUUCCAUACUCGAACGCCUUUAAUGUGAUUGUACGCAGGCUCAAACAGGUAUAUGAGAGUGUAGAAUCUUCAACAGACGAGGAGUCUGGCGUUCCAACAAUUCGUGUGCACGAUCGUGUGACAGUAAAGCACGAAUCAGAGAGGCACAUCUCACUUCACUGGACAUCAGACCCGUUAAGUGACAUGGUAUCGGAUUCUGUUGUAGCUCUCAUCCUGAACAUCAACCGCGAGGUACCGAAAGUCAUCGUCGAGUCAGAGGCUGUAAAAACGGAAGAAGAGAACAAAAAGAAAGCCGAGAAGGUAAUUCAUGCCCUCCUUGUUUCACUCUUUGGCAAUGUGAAGUUAGGAGGAAAUGGGAAGCUGGUGAUCAACGUUGAUGGGAGUAUAGCAGAGCUUGAUAAACAGAGUGGGGAGGUAGAAAGUGAAAAUGAAGUUCUCAAGGAAAGAGUAAAGACAGCCUUCCGGCGAAUCCAAUGCGCUGUGAAGCCAAUUCCUCCCUCUACAUCUUAGCUCGAGCUGAAUGUACCUGCUGCUGCUGCAAUAUGAUGAGAGACUAUUCCGCCUGGAACAAAAGGAUCAAACCCUUCGACACCCCACGCAGGAUCUACAGCUUGUACGCUUUCGGUUAAUCCAUAAGGAUCGGAUACCCAUAUUCCCGGACUAUUUUCUAUAUCUGGGCUGUACAAGUAGAACUGGUCUGUGUUCUUGUAGCUGACUACUGACUAUCAUCCAAUUUAGGGACAUAAAAUGUAUUUUACAGGUUCAAAAGUUGGAGAAAUCCCAUGAAUUAUUUGAACUUUUUGUUUGUU